AUGGCGGGUUUCUUAGUGGGAGCCGGCCGGCUCAUGCGGCCUCAGGGCGGCCCACGCUGGCGUCUGUUGCCUCGCGGGCUCGGGCUUUGGAGCUCGCCUGAGGAUACCUUGAGAGCCGGGAAAAGGCUAUUUUGCGUGCGGCUGGAGGAGCCGAGGCGGGCUUCAGGGCUCGAAGGCUGCUGCCUGGGAAGCCGGCCCCUCAGCACAGGAAUGCCGCCACCGCCAGGGUCUUCAGGGCCGGGAUCGAAGGGCCACAGAGAUCCAAUGCGUCCCUUGCAGCCUGGGCCUGUUUCCUGGAAGUCUUUAGCACUCACAUUUGCCAUUGGAGGAGCUUUAUUGGCUGGAAUGAAGUACUUUAAGAAAGAAAAGACAGAAAAGCUGGAGAAGGAAAAGCAGCGAUCCAUAGGAAAACCUUUACUUGGGGGACCAUUUUCUCUCACAACUCAUACUGGAGAGCCUAAAACCAACAAAGACUACCUGGGCCAAUGGGUACUGAUUUAUUUUGGUUUCACUCAUUGCCCUGAUAUCUGUCCAGAAGAACUAGAAAAAAUGAUUCAAGUUGUGGAUGAAAUAGAUAGUAUUCCAACACUGCCGAAUUUAACUCCACUUUUCAUCACUAUUGACCCAGAAAGGGACACCAAAGAAGCCGUUGCAAACUAUGUGAAAGAAUUUUCUCCCAAACUAGUUGGCUUGACUGGUCCAAAAGAAGAGAUUGAUCGAGUGGCCAGAGCUUACAGAGUGUAUUACAGUCCUGGCCCCAAGGAUGAAGAUGAAGAUUAUAUAGUGGAUCAUACAAUAAUAAUGUACUUGAUUGGACCAGAUGGUGAGUUUUUAGAUUAUUUUGGCCAGAACAAGAAGAAUGCAGAAAUCGCUGGUUCAAUUGCUGCACACAUGCGGGAACAGAGGAAGAAGAGUUAG